AUUCUUCAAGUUUCAGAGCUAACUUUGUAUAGCUUUCUCCCGCUGAUCUUUUUUUCAUAACCAGUUAAACCUACUCUUUAAUCAACUUCUAGCUAUAUGGAUGGGAAAAGCAUAGAGAUGGAUAAAGAAAGGCUGACGGCGGAAAUGGCAUUCAAAGACUUCUCCUCCGCCAUCAUCAAUAUCCGUCGAAGAUUGCCUGAUUUCCUUCAAUCCGUUAAGCUUAAGUACGUUAAGUUAGGCUUAGGCUAUGGUUAUUCAUGUAACCACGCCACCCUUCUUAUUCUACCACUUAUGUUCGCCACUUUGGUUCAGUUAUCCGGUCUAAAACCUGACAGGUUUUACGAUUUAUGGACUAUUAAUCAAGCUUUUCGGCUUCAGAGCAUUGAUGCCGCUACAAGACUAGCUGCUUCAUUAAUCCCAUUCUUCCUAUGUGGUCUCUACUUUUCGAAGCGGUCCAUGCCGGUUUAUCUCGUCGAUUUCGCCUGUUACAAAUCCCAAGAUGAUCGUAAACUGUCAGUUGACUCGUUCCUCAAGAUGACUGAAGAAACCGGAGCUUUCACCGACGACACGCUUCAGUUUCAAAGAAAGAUAGCAACCCGGUCCGGUUUAGGCGAUGAGACGUAUUUUCCAAGAGGUAUAACAUCUAGACCGCCGAACCUGUGCAUGGAAGAGGCUCGGUCUGAAACCGAAGCUGUUAUGUUUGGAGCACUGGACUCCCUUUUUGAGAAAACCGGUGUUAGGCCAAAGGAUAUUGACAUCCUCAUCGUGAAUUCCUGUUUAUUUAACCCCACACCAUCUCUCUCAGCCAUGGUAAUCAACCAUUACAAGCUACGUACAGAUAUCAAGAGCUACAAUCUGGGUGGAAUGGGGUGCAGUGCAGGGCUUAUAUCCGUGGAGCUAGCUAAAAACCUCCUUCGAGCCAAUCCUAACACGUAUGCCGUGGUGGUGAGUACCGAAAACAUUACCCAAAAUUGGUAUUUCGGGAACGACCGCUCCAUGUUGCUAUGCAAUUGCAUAUUCCGCAUGGGUGGAGCCGCUGUGCUUUUGUCGAACAAGCCACGGGACAAGGCUUGUUCCAAGUACCAGCUCCUUCACUUGGUUCGGACCCAUAAAGGUGCCGACGAUAAACAUUACAACUGCGUUUACCAAAGAGAAGAUGACGAAGGAACUGUUGGGGUUUCAUUGGGUCGGGAACUGAUGGCGGUAGCUGGGGAUGCAUUGAAAACCAAUAUUACUACCCUAGGUCCCCUGGUUUUGCCAUUCACAGAGCAGUUGAAGUUCUUUGUUAGUCUUGUUCGAAAGAAGGUUUUGAAAGCCAGGGUCAAGUCUUACAUACCUGAUUUUAAGCUAGCUUUCGAGCAUUUUUGUAUCCAUGCAGGUGGAAGGGCGGUUUUGGAUGAAAUACAGAAGAAUUUGGAGCUAACAGAUUGGCAUAUGGAGCCAUCAAGAAUGACUCUACAUAGAUUUGGAAACACCUCGAGCAGCUCACUGUGGUAUGAGUUGGCAUACACGGAGGCCAAGGGUCGGAUCUCGGGUGGUGACCGAGUGUGGCAGAUUGCAUUCGGGUCGGGGUUCAAGUGUAACAGCACAGUUUGGAGAGCUCUUAGAUCUACUCCUAUGAGUGAGUCAAGGUGUAACCCAUGGAAGGAUGAAAUGGAUAAGUACCCGGCCAAGCUUGAUAUCUCCAUCUCCAAGUAGUAUAUAAGAAGUGACCCAAGCUUAAGAUGUUAGCUUCCUUCUUUACUCUUUUUCUUGUAAGAAAAAUCGAAUCUGAUUAUCGGCUUGCAACAAGGUGUAAUAACGUUGGAUUUGCUAAAUGAUUCUCUUUAACUUUUUGUUUGAUUGCAAUUAUCGGAAUAA